CCCCUGAGCGUUAUAAAAUUUUGGUUCGCUUGUUUGUUUGAGAGAGAGAGAAAGGGAGGGGUGAAGACUUUGAUCGUUUUUGAGGUUAGAGAUGGCUCGUACCAAGCAGACUGCUCGUAAGUCCACCGGAGGAAAGGCUCCUAGGAAGCAGCUCGCUACUAAGGCUGCUCGUAAGUCAGCCCCGACCACUGGAGGUGUGAAGAAACCUCACAGAUACCGCCCUGGAACUGUUGCUCUUCGUGAAAUUCGCAAGUACCAAAAGAGUACUGAGCUCCUGAUCAGGAAGCUUCCAUUCCAGAGGCUUGUCCGUGAAAUUGCUCAGGACUUCAAGACUGAUCUGCGUUUCCAGAGCCAUGCAGUGCUGGCACUGCAGGAGGCUGCUGAGGCAUAUCUUGUGGGUCUGUUUGAAGACACUAACCUCUGUGCCAUCCAUGCCAAGCGUGUCACAAUCAUGCCUAAGGACAUCCAGUUGGCAAGGAGGAUUAGAGGCGAGCGUGCUUAAUUGAGCAUUGUGCUCGGGUGUUGGUUGGUGGUUGCUGGUGUUCUUUUACUGUUAAAUCAUAUAUAGAUUGAUAGUGUUAGUUUCUAGUGAAAUGGGUGGUAGCAGUUGGCGUGCAGUGAUGUUUUUUUGGGGGACCUAUUAUGGAUGGAUUUGCGCCUAGCAAAUUUAUUUGUUAAGUUGUUUUUUGUCGUCAAACACUAAUGGGGUCGAACAAUCAUCUAAUGUUUGCAUCUAAUGUGUAGUUGGGUUUGCUCUAAUUCUUCCUUCUUGAUAUUACGUUCUGUUCAAUUA